ACCAGAAGUCCUUCAGACUGUGGUGGAGCCUGAAGCUGCUCCUCACCAUCCCGAGUGUCUUGUUGUCUCUGCUGUGUCUCCAUCGCAUGGUUGAUGUGCGUCUGCCAUGUCCUGCUGGACGUGAUCCCAGAGCUGGUGCCCAGAAAUCUCUUGACCUCGGCCAUGAGCGCUUCCUCCUUUCAAACCUCUGUGGCACUGUUUGCCCUAAUUACUCUGCAUGUCAGUGCCCUGGAAACAUUUAUAGCUGCAGUAUAUGAACAUGUGGUCAUAUUGCCAAAUGAAACAGAAACGCCUGUUUCUCAGGAUUAUGCCUUACUCCUUAUGAACAAGAAUCUCGAUAUUCUAGAGAGAGCGAUUAAGCAGGCAGCUGAGCAGGAUGCUCAAAUCAUUGUGACUCCGGAAGAUGCACUUUAUGGAUGGAAAUUUACAAGGGAAACAAUUUUCCCUUAUCUGGAGGACAUCCCAGACCCUCAGGUGACCUGGAUUCUGUGUGCGAACCCCCACAGAUUUGGUCACACACCAAUACAAGCAAGACUCAGCUGCCUGGCCAAGAGCAACUCUAUCUACAUCUUGGCAAAUAUUGGGGACAAAAAGCCAUGUAAUUCCCGUGACCCCACAUGUCCUGCUAAUGGCUAGUAUCAAUACAAUACCAAUGUGGUGUAUAAUAAAGAGGGAAAACUGGUGGCACGGUAUCAUAAGUAUCACCUCUACUCUGAGCCUCAGUUUGAUGUCCCUGAAAAGCCGGAGCUGGUGACUUUCAACACCCCCUUUGGAAGGUUUGGCAUAUUCACAUGCUUCGAUAUACUCUUCCAUGAUCCUGCUGUGACCCUAGUGAAAGAAUUCCAUGUGGACACCAUCCUGUUUCCCACAGCUUGGAUGAAUGUUUUGCCUCUUUUGACAGCUAUUGAAUUCCACUUCGCUUGGGCAAUGGGAAUGGGAGUUAAUGUUCUUGUGGCCAAUAUACAUCAUGUCCGCCUAAAUAUGACAGGCAGUGGUAUUUACGCACCACACGCUCCCAAAGUACACCAUUAUGAUAUGGAAACAGGGCUGAGAAAGAUCGUCCUUUCAGAAGUGGAUUCGCAUCCUCGAAGCUCUCCUGCCUACCCAGCAGCUGUGAAUUGGCAUGGCUGCGCCACAAUCAUCAAACCAUUCCCAGUCCAGAAAAAUACCUUCAGUGGAUUUAUUUCCCGGGAUAUGUUCAGCUUCACAGAACUUUCUGAAAAAUCAGGAAACCUGACAGUCUGUCAAGAAGACCUCUGCUGUCAUUUAAGCUAUAGAAUGUUAAGAAAAGAAGAUGAUGAAGUAUAUGUGCUGGGAGCUUUUACAGGACUUCACGGCCGAAGGAGACGUGAGUACUGGCAGGUAUGCACGAUGCUGAAAUGCAAAACAACUAAUUGGACAACUUGUGGACAGCCAGUGGAAACAGCUGUGACAAGAUUCGAUAUCUUUUCCCUAAGUGGCACAUUUGGAACAGAGUAUGUUUUUCCUGAAGUGUUACUUACUAAAAUUCAACUGUCACCUGGAAAAUUUGAGGUACUAAAAGAUGGCCAUUUGGUAAACAAGAAUGGAUUAUCCGAGCCUAUCCUAACAGUGUCACUCUUUGGGAGACGGUAUACUAAGGACUCACAUUCCAUCUCAGGAAGGACCAGGAAUUUGGCAACAACUUACCUGCUAAUAGCCACUUUAUUCAUGAUCAUAGUUUUGCAAAAUGUUGUGACGGUGUAGGACAUUUCUGUAUCACAUUCAUUUUGGCAGCAUAUAUUUUAUUUACCAAAUGUGUUUAUCCGGUUCCCAAGUUUACUAAGAAACUUUGAAGGGCUAUCUCAGCAGUACAGGACAAUGAUUUCUAAAUAUGUUUUUCUCAUCAAGAAUUAUUUUUAAGUAUGAUGGUCAUUUUGACUCCUUUUUGGCUACUCUGAAAUGUUGCUGUGUGGUACAGUGGCGAGAGCAUGGGUGUUUGACAAUCACAUCUUAGCUUUCGCUUUAUUUGCUGUGUGACCU